GAUUUUGUCAUUUCGUCUUUUCAGCAAACGUUAGCAGGCUGAGGGCCACCAGCGGAAAGCAUCAGGAAGCUCGUAUCGACGACUCGCCGCAACCCUGACCACGCACGCAGAAAAAUAGUUCUUACAUGUACAAUACCUUCACGACAGUACAGAUACCGAUGCGUAGCGCAGGUUGCAGCUGAGUGAGAAGUGCGUGCCGCUGGCUUUGAUAGCCUCCUUCUUCUAUAACAAUUCGUGUGAUGCCAUAGAAACACAUCUGCGUUUCUUCCUGCGUGAGUUUGCGAGCUUGUGCCAAUAGGUCGAACAUGCCGACCGUGGAUGUCGCCCAGGUCUUGCCCGCGUAUGGCCGGGCCCCCUCCCGGGGCCGCAACGGCCCCCCAGGGCAGGUUAUCCAGAGCGCCAGCAACCUGCCCUCGGCAAAGCCCAGCGGCGGCGCCAACGGCGCUACCACCGGCGGCGGCGGCGGCGCUUCCAUGCCGUCGUGGCUCAGUGCUUGGAGCAAGCCCACCGUCAGCUCCACCGCCCUGCAUGACGAGAACCCGCACCGCGACUUCGUCGCCUCCCCCGCGCCCGCGGCGUCGAGGGCCGGUGGCGGCGGCGGGCUGGGCCUGACGCGGGCGAGCAGCGUGGGGCGGACACGGUCGUCUUCAGGAGCCCAGGAGGACUCGUCCGGCUACAGCCCCGGCUCGCCCAGCCCCUCGCUGCUGUCCCACUUCAUGCGCCUGGGCAGCGGCCGUAGCACCAGCCAGUCCGGAGCGCUACAGCCCACCGCCGCCGCCGGCAACCCCCACAGCCACCACCACCACCACCACCACCACGGGCAUCAUCACGGGCAUCACGGCGGCGGCGGCGGCGGCGGCGGCGGCUCUCCGCUGCUACGCGCCGCCACCGCGGUGCGACACGGCGGCGGGCAGCGCAGCAGCAUGCCAGGUGGCGUUGUCGGCGCGGGCGGCGGCACCGGCGCCGGCGGCGGCUCCGCCUCCGGUGGAUUCGUGGGCUCCAGUGGCAGGCCCGCGUCUCCAGGGCUGAUGCAAAUGGGCUCGUUCCGAAACUCAGGCGGCGGCGGUGGCGGAGGAGGAGGAGGAGGCAGCGGCGGCGGCGGCGGCGGCGGUGGCGGCGGCCGGCCUCUGAGCGCGGGGCCGCGGCGGGCAGGCACGAUGUCCGCCGGCAGCAGCGGCCCCGGUGGCCCCCACCCACGCCUCCCCGCCGACACCUCGCCCUCGCCCACCGGCCUGCGCCCGCGCUCCGGCCGCCCCAGCCCGGCCAGCGGCUCCGGCGCCUCCACCUCCCUCUCCGGCGGCCUGGGCGCCGCCGCCGGCGGCGGCCCCCCGCCCUCGCCGCACCACAGCCGCCAGGCGGCCUCCGCCUCCGCGCCGCCGGCGGCGGCUGCCGCCGCCGGCGGCGCGGGCAGCUUUUCCUCCGCCUCCGGCGGCGGCGGCAGGCCGGGCUCUGCUCGGCCUCGCGGCGCGCGCACCGUCCUUGCGCUGGAUCAUCUGGGUCCGGGGGAGGGCGACUACGGCGAUGUGACGGACCCGGCGGACCUGGCCCUGGCGGCUCCGCUGGCGCCGGGGCCGCAGGGGCAGGGGCAGCAGGGGCCGGGGCAGCAGGGCGGCGGGGUGUUGGCGGAGGGGCAGCAGCAGGGUCAGCCGGGGCAGGUUCAGCAGGGUCAGGGUCAGCAGGGUCAGGGGCCUCAGGGCCAGGCCUACGCGCUGGUGCACCACGUGCCGCUGCCCUCGCACGUGCUGCUGUCCGGCAACCUGCAGGAGCUGGUUGACCGGCUCAACCGCGGCGGCGACCGCGCCGUACACCUGUCCCUGGCCUCCGUGGAGUUCGCGGGGGAGCUGGACCGGGCGGCGGGUGACACGGUUCGUGUCGCGGGCCGCACCGCCAUCCUGCACAACUGCGGCCUGCGGCUCAAGCCCGGCCAGUGCAUCUGGGUGGGCCCCGGCGGGCACCUCAUCCUGGCGGACGUGACCCUCACCGUCAGCCCCACGCCCUACGGUGGGGGCGGCGGUGGUAGUGGUGGCGGAGGAGCAGGCGCAGGAGGAGGAGGAGGAGGAGGAGGAGGAGGAGGAGGAGGAGGAGGAGGAGGAGGAGGAGGAGGAGGAGGGGGCGGGGGCUUGUCGCGGUCGCCGACGGGCGUGACGGCGGCGGCGCAGCCACCCUGGGCGGAGGCGGUGUCGGGCGACGGCGUCAGCGCGCGGCCGGUGCCGGUGUUGCAUGUGGUGGGCGGCGGUCGGCUGCUGCUGCGCGGCUGCCGGGUCAGGGUGCAGCCGCCGGAGGAGCCGGCGGCGGCGGCGGGGGCGGGGACGGGGGCGGGGGCGGAGGGCGGGCCGGGCACGCCACGCGCCGGCGGUGGAGGAGGGGGAGGAGAUGGCGGAGGAGGCGGAGCCGGGCUGGGGAGCCGCGGCAGUGGCGGCGGAGGAGGAGGCGGCGGUGGGGCGGUGACGCCGGGCGGCGUGUCGCGCAACACGUCGCUGGUGGCGGGCGGGCGGCUGGUGCGGCCGGCGCUGGAGCAGCUGACGUGUGUGCUGGCGGAGGCGGGGGCGGCGGUGGAGGCGGUGGGCUGCAAGCUGGGGCGCGUGGUGGCGGCGGGGCCCGGCACCUCGAUGGUGCUGCGGCGCUGCCGGCUCAAGCCCGGCCGCGCCUGCCCGCCCGACGCGCCGCUGGUGCUGGGGGUCGAGGGCGCCUGGGUCACGGUGGCGCAGACGGAGUUGGCGCAAGCGCACGCGCAGGGCGUCGCGGUGUCGGGCGCCGGCUCGAGGCUGGCCAUGGUGGAGUGCCUGGUCAGCAGCUGCCGUGGGCAUGGUGUGAUGGUGGCGGGCGGCUGUACGGCGUCACUGGCGGCAUGUCGGCUGAUCGCCAACGCGGCGGCGGGGCUGUCGGCGCGCGGGCACGGCACGGCAGCGGAGCUGGUGGAUUGCGAGGUGCUGCGGAAUGGGGGCAGCGGCGUGAGCUGCGGCGGGGGCGCGGCGGUGCGGCUGGUGACGGUGUCGAGUACGGACUCGGUGGGCGGCUCGGGGCUGGCGCUGGACGGCGCGGGCAGCAGCGGCGCGGCGGAGAUCUGCGCGUUCGAGGGCAACGGUGCAAGUGGCGUGCAGGCCCGGCGCGGCGCCCGGCUGGACCUGGUGGACUGCUCCGCCAGCGGCAACGGCGUGCACGGGUUGGAGGUGGAGGGCACCUUCCGCGCGGCGGAUGCGGCGGCGCGGCAGGCGGCGGCGACACUGGCGGGCGGAGAGCCGCCGCCGGCGCCGCCGCCCGAGGUAGUUUGCACCGUAACAGGCGGCCAGAUGGCCAAGAACGGGAGCCACGGCUGCUACGUCACCUCGGGCGGCGGCCUGAGGGCGGUGGGCGCGGAGCUGUCCCAGAACGGCGGCGACGGCGCCUGCGCCGACGGCGGCGGCGUGGCCCUGUCUCUGGAGGGCUGCAGCGCCUUCGGCAACACCGAGCAGGGGCUGUUCGUGUGCAGCGGCGCCGGCGCGGCGGCGGAGGGCUGCCGCCUGGGCGGCAACCUGCACGGUGACGUGGCGGUGGGCGGGCGGGGCAGCCGGGCGCGGCUGUCGCGCUGCGACCUGGACUUCAACCCCGUCACCGCCAUACGCGUGCACAUGGGCGCCAAGGUGGUCAUCAAGGACUGCGACGUGGGCGCGCCGCCAGCCACCUCCGUCUACGCCUCAUCAGGCGGCGGCGGCGGCGCUGGCGGCCAGAACAGCAGCAGCGGCGGCGCUGGCGCCGCCGGAGGCGGGGCCGGCGGCAGCAGCAGCGGUGGGGGCAAGUGGGAGGUGGGCACGGUGCGCAGCGCGGCAGUGCAGCUGCUGGGGGUGGGCAGCACCAUUGUGGUUGACGGCAAGCCCUUCACGGCCACGAUUGGCGAGGAUGGGGAGCCCAUCGCGCCUCCCGGCAGCGCGCAGCGGGCCGAGCCGUGGGCCUGAUGUGGCGCGAAGAAGUAGGUGUUACGGCGGGGCGCUUGAAUUUCUCAAAGAAUGAUUUGGAGGCGUGUGCGGGUUUGCGAGUCAUGGUGUGCGGUGUGUGAGCGUGUGCGAGGGGAUGCCAAUGGCAUGUGAGGGGGCUCAGUUGCACCCCUUGAGUGAAGGGCUCCAAGCUGUGAAGUCGUAGAGCGCGUGCGGCAAGCGGAGGGUGUGUGUUUGCGCCUGUAGAGUGGGUGCUCGCAGGCUCGUGUGGUAAUAUGCGUCAGAGCGCGUUUCGGGAAACAUUGUUUGGAAGGCCGGCAUCCGGGUUUGUUGGGGAAUGGUGCAGGUGCGAGGUAGCAGACGCGGCGUCAAAGCAGUCGUAUACGAAGCGGAUGAAGACGUGACCCCCCUUCCAUGCACGCAUGUGGUAGAUAGCACAAGGAAGCAAACACGCAGGACUUCGUGUGUGCGUGUGUGUGAAUAGGAACGGGAGGGGUCGAUGGGUGUAUGUGUCCGUAGUAGGCUGUGAUGAUUAUGGGCUGUAUUGCUUACAAUCAGCGGUCCUCUGCCUGAACUAGUGAAGUGUGUCCUGUGGGAGCCUAUAACGGCCUCGCCGCCUCAAAUUGCAAGCCCGGGGCCUG